GGCGGAAUCCCACCAAUUUUGUUUGCACUGCGAAACGUUUCCUUCCACGUGCAGCGCCCAGAAAAUAGGUCCUAACAGCAACAGCAACAUGUUGCAACCAAUACUCCAUCAAAUAGGAACGAAACGGGUUGUACUGGCUAGUGGAUCCCCGCGCCGUCAGGAAUUGAUACAAAACUUGGGGAUAUCUAACGUUCAGCUAUGUCCUUCAACGUUCGAGGAAAACCUAGACCCGGCUCAAUAUUCAUUCAGCGAUUAUGUAGCCGUGACAGCACUAGGGAAAGUGCGAGAAGUGUACGACCGCCUUUCGAAAGAUGAUGCAACGAAGGCGGAUGUUGUGAUCGGGGCCGACACCAUGGUCACGAUGGAUGGUCAGAUGUACGGUAAACCGAAAACACCGGACCAUGCAUUUGAAGUGUUGCAAAAACUCAUUGGACGCAGCCACAUCGUAUACACCGGAGUGGUAAUAAAGUACCAUGAAAAGGAGGUAAAGUUUACUGAAUCCUGCAAGGUACAGUUUGGAAAAGCUACAGAUGCCCAGAUUAAAGCGUAUGUCGACAUAGGAGAACCACUAGACAAAGCAGGAGGAUACGGAAUCCAAGGAUUAGGUGGUAACUUCGUAGAAAGGAUCGAAGGAGAUUAUUUCACCGUCGUUGGCCUACCGAUGUAUCGACUUUCUAUUGAAUUGUGUAAAUUGUUCGACUAUCACGUUGAAUGAAAAUAUAAAUUUAAAAAUGAUAAUGAAUUUGAAUAUAAAUUAACAUUAAUCCAACAUCAUUUCUGGUCCAAAGGUCAUCUUCAAUUUUCAGUCCUAGUUGACAGGGCGAGGUCUUCAAUCCGUUUCCAGCCAACUUUGUCCAAGACUGAUCUCCUUGGGAAACCUAGAGAACUACCGGGCGUUUCAGAGUGCGAUAGCAGUUUUUCGUCUCUUGGUAGGGUUUUAUCGGCUCAACGAAUUAGUGGUGCCUAUAGUUAGGAUUGACACGCCGCACCUCAGAAUUUCAUUGUCGGCAGUGCAGGAUCAAUCCCCUUGGAGGGC